GCCUGGGCACACCAUCAUUUUCUGUUGAUUUUCAGCAACCGUCGGUUGGUUCGCGCUUGGUUUUCUUGGAAUAUUUUCCUCGGGUCGCGUUUCAUGACUGAAAAACUAUACAUUUCCAGUUAAAAGCUAUGGAAAUCCAUGUUUCGUAAUAAAUAGCCCAUUGUUUAAUACACCAAAUCGUACUAAAUGUGAUUUAAACAACGAGCUAAGGAUCCUGACGCCGUCGGCGCGAAUAGAGUGAGACACCACUACAGCUCCGAUUGUGUGUGCAAUUUGUUGAUAGUGUUGUAGUUGUUGUAAAAAAUGCUCCGCUUGCAAGCGCACUACAGCCCCAAAAAAAACCUAAAACAACAAAAAUAAAUAAAUGGGGAAUGCCGGCAAAACAAGCGUAACGUAAAUUCGAUUGAGAAAAAACAAGGAGGGAGCCAGGCCGAAGGAAGUAUGUACAAAUCGACAAAGAAUACACAACAAAAGUGGAGUGGGCAGCACUAGUGGCGCGCGCGAGUGUGUGUUAGAGUGUGUAUGUGCGUGUGAGCGAGGAAUAAGAGUGGAAAAGUAAGCGCCGAUUGGAGCCAAAACGGAAAAUUCAACAGAAAUAAUAAUAAAAAUAAAAACAAAAAAAAACCAAAAUGCGAGUGGCCUGAGUCGUAAACAAAAAACUCACUUCCAAUUCAAAUUACCUCGCAACGUAAACGACGGUUUCCAGUUAAAAUUCAGCAGAAAAGUUGGCAAGAAAAACAAACAUGUCCGGAAAGGAGGGAAGUUGUGAUGGAUUAAGGAUAUGGAGCUGGAGCUGGAGCUGGCUAAUCGGGAGUCUGCUGAUCAUGCAGAUGGUUUCAGGAAGUCUGGCAAGUCAAGCUCUCUCGUUCACCUUGGAGCCGCAGGAUGCCGUGGUGCCCGAGGGCCACUCUGUGUUGCUCCAGUGCUCCGGCAACGCCCAGCUUGCCACGGGCCGUGGGGCAAAGGGCAAGCUCUCCGCCGGCGCCCCGCCCACCCCGGUGAACAUCCGGUGGCGGGGACCCGAUGGCCAGGACCUGGUCAUUGUGGGUGAUACAUUCCGAACGCAGCUGAAGAACGGAUCCCUGUACAUCAGCUCCGUUGAGGAGAACCGAGGUCUGACCGGAGCCUACCAGUGCCUGCUGAGUGCCGACGGCGUGGGCAGCAUCCUCAGUCGGCCGGCUAUAGUGGCCAUUGCCCGUCAGCCGGAUCUGAACCAGGACUUUCUGGAGACCUACCUCCUGCCCGGCCAGACGGCCUACUUCCGAUGCAUGGUGGGCGUGGCCAAUUGGCAGGAGGGAGUGAAGCACUCGGUGCAGUGGUUCAAGGACGAUCUGCCCCUUAACCUGGACAAGAUUCGGAUGGUGGUGCUGCCCAACGGGGCGCUGGAGAUCGACGAGGUGGGUCCCUCGGAUCGCGGCUCCUACCAGUGCAACGUCACCUCCGGCAGCCUCUCCCGGCUGAGCAGCAAAACCAAUCUGAACAUCAAGAAGCUCACGGAUCCGGGUGUGGAGAACGCAGUGGCCCCAUCGUUCCUGGUCGGACCCUCGCCCAAGACAGUCCGCGAGGGCGACACCGUCACCCUGGACUGUGUGGCCAAUGGAGUGCCCAAGCCGCAGAUCAAGUGGCUUCGCAACGGCAUGGAAUUGGACUUCAACGAUCUGGACUCUCGCUUCUCCAUCGUCGGCACUGGCUCCCUUCAAAUCUCCAGUGCCGAGGACAUCGAUUCCGGCAACUAUCAGUGCCGGGCCAGCAACACUGUGGACUCCCUGGAUGCCCAGGCCACGGUGCAGGUCCAAGAGCCGCCCAAGUUCAUCAAGGCGCCCAAGGACACCACUGCCCACGAGAAGGACGAGCUGGAGCUGAAGUGCGACAUCUGGGGCAAGCCGAAGCCCACCAUCAAGUGGCUGAAGAACGGGGAUCUGAUAACGCCCAACGACUACAUGCAACUGGUCGGAGGACACAAUCUCCGGAUCCUGGGACUCCUCAACUCCGACGCCGGGAUGUUCCAGUGCGUGGGCACGAAUGCGGCGGGAAGUGUCCAGGCUGCUGCUCGACUGCGGGUGGUGCCCCAAGGAGUGAAAAUCAAAAAACGCAAAUCCCAAGGCCAGUCCACCAAAUCCCUCCAGACCUUUGACAAUCCGACACCGAAGCGACACCGAAAACCGAACAACAAGUCCGGGGAGCAGCUGCGCACCAAGUCCGGUGCCAGUUUCCUCGACGACCUUGAGGUCGAGGACGAUGACUCCAGUACGAUACGACUAAAGAUACCCCUCGAACACCCUCUAAACGACCGUAUGUUCGACAUGCUGAACGAGGCGAGUGCCCUGCGGAAGGGAUUGGACAGCUCCAAGAGCUACGAGGACGAGGACGACGACAACGACUAUGACGAUGACGAUCCGGCGGCCAAGGAGGCGUUCCUGGCCGCCUACAAACAGGGCGAGGACCCACAGAAAAUACUGGACUCCUGGCAGGAGAGCAGCAACAAGAAAUCCCAUCAACAAAAACAAUCCCCUGCUUUCCCAGAUUCCCCCGAACAGGCUCCCGGUGUACAGAAUCCCUCGGCCGCUAAACCCCUCGGCACUGGACUCCUCGCCCGUCUGCCCAGCCAACCGCGUGACUUGGUGGCCCAGAUAGUGAAGCCACGAUUCGUGACCCUCAGCUGGGUGGAGCCGCUCCAGAAUGCCGGUGAAGUCGUCUACUACACUGUCUUCUACAAGAUGAACCACAGCGAGCGAGAACAAAAAAUGGUCACCAAAUCGCAUGAUGAUCUCCAGGUGAACAUUCAGUCCCUAUUGCCGGGUCGCACCUACCAAUUCCGCGUGGUGGCCAAUACAAACUUUGGCAACGGUGAGUCCUCCGCUCCUCUGGAGGUCAACACCCAGCCGGAGGUGAACAUUGCCGGGCCACCGCGUAACUUUGAGGGCUUUGCCCGCAGCCAUCAGGAGAUCUAUGUGAGGUGGGAAGAGCCGGCAGUGACCAAUGGAGAGAUACUCAAGUAUCGCGUCUACUACUCGGAGAACGACAGUGGUGCUGAUUUGUAUCACGACACCACCACCUUAGAUGCUGUACUGUCAGAGCUGCGUCCUCAUACGGAUUAUGUGAUUACCGUAGCGCCUUUUAAUAGAAAUGGAAUGGGGGAUCCCUCCUCAGAGAUUCGAGUGAAAACUUUCUCCUCCACGCCCUCGGAACCCCCUAACAAUGUCAGUCUGGAAGUGACCAGCUCCACCUCCAUUACGGUUCACUGGGAGCCACCGGCAGAGGAGGAUCGCAAUGGACAAAUAACAGGCUACAAGAUCCGCUAUCGCAAGUUCAAGGAUGCCCCGCAGGCCAAGAGCACGCCCGCCAAUAUUCGUUACUUCGAGCUCAGCAAUCUGGAUCGCAGCUCGGAGUACCAAGUGAAGAUUGCCGCCAUGACAGUGAAUGGUUCUGGGCCAUUUACGGAAUGGUAUCGCGUCAAUACGCUGGAGAACGAUCUGGAUGAGACGCAGGUGCCGGGGAAACCCAUUUGGAUUAAGAUCCAUCCCGGCGCCGACAACAUACAACUGCACUGGGGUCCCCCCCAGCAGCCGGAGAUCAAGAUUCGCAACUACGUGCUGGGCUGGGGCCGUGGCAUUCCCGAUGAGAACGCCAUCGAGCUGAAGGAGACGGAACGUUACCACGUGCUCAAGAACCUGGAGUCCAAUACGGAAUAUGUGGUGUCGUUGCGGGCGAGGAAUAUCAAAGGCGAUGGCCAGCCCAUCUACGACAAUAUUAAGACGCGCGACGAGGAGCCGGUGGAUGCGCCCACUCCUCUGGAGGUGCCAGUGGGCCUGAGAGCCAUCACCAUGUCCAGCUCCUCCAUUGUGGUCUACUGGAUCGACACAAUGCUGAACAAGAACCAGCAUGUCACGGACAAUCGGCACUACACGGUUCAGUAUUGCAUCACGGGAUCGAAUCGGUAUCGCUACCAUAACACCACGGAUCUCAACUGCAUGAUUAAUGACCUGCGUCCAAACACCCAGUACGAAUUCGCCGUCAAAGUGGUCAAGGGUCGCCGGGAAUCCCCCUAUUCCAUGUCGGUGCUUAACAGCACCUACCAGAAUGUUCCGGUUACUCCACCUCGUGAACUCACUGUACGCAUGGAUGAACUGAAUCCACCCACCGUCAUAAUCCAGUGGCUUCCACCGAAGCAUACUGUGGGUCAGAUCACCGGUUACAACAUCUACUACACCACGGAUACCACCAAGCGUGAUCGCGACUGGUCCAUCGAGGCCUUUGCCGGCGAGGAGACAAUGCUGAUGCUGCCGAAUCUGAAACCCUACACCACCUACUACUUUAAGGUUCAGGCCCGCACCACCAAGGGCAGCAAUAAUGCUCCAUUCUCGGCCCUGGUAUCCUACACGACCAGUGCGGCAGUAAUUAUGCAGGAGGCAGACACCAUAGCCAAGGGAAUCGACAACGAGAAGCUUCUCUACAUCAUCAUUGGGGCUACGGCGGUGGUGCUAGUGGUGGCUCUUCUGGGCAUUCUAUUGCUGUGUCGCCGCAAGCCCCAAUCCUCACCAGAACACACCAAAAAGAGUUACCAAAAGAACAAUGUGGGAGUGCCGAAGCCACCAGAUCUAUGGAUACACCAUGACCAAAUGGAGCUGAAGAACAUAGACAAGGGUCUGCACACAGUGACGCCUGUUUGCAGCGAUGGAGCAUCCAGUAGUGGUGCCCUGACUCUGCCCCGAUCAGUGGUGCACAGUGAAUACGAGGUGGAAACCCCAGUGCCACCUCAUGUGACCAACUCCCUCGACAAGCGCUCCUAUGUUCCAGGAUAUAUGACCACUUCAAUGAACUCUACAAUGGAGCGUCCACAGUAUCCGCGUACUCAGUACAGUCAUCAGAAUAGAUCUCACAUGACCAUGGAAACGGGUCUCUCCCAGCAGAGUCUCAGCCAGCCGCAAAACAACUCCAUGGCCCAGACGCCGGAGCAUCCGUACGGCGGUUAUGAUGCCAACUUUUGCAAUGCGAGCAAUGGAGCACCUGGCAAUGGUUGUGUGUCCACCAUUGAGAGUGCCAAGCGCGGGCAUCCUCUGAAGAGUUUCAGUGUCCCGGGACCACCGCCGACGGGAGGAGCAGCGCCCCUCAAUAAGCACACUCCCGCUGUCACAAUACGUCCACAAAACCAAUCGCCCUAUAAGAAGCCAUCCUUCUCGGCUGCCACACCCAAUCGACUGCAGGGCGGCGGGUCCAUAGCCCACUCCACCGAUGAGAUCCAAAGACUGGCCCCAAGUACAUCCACCGAGGAGCUGAACCAGGAAAUGGCCAAUCUGGAGGGACUGAUGAAGGAUCUGAGCGCCAUCACGGCCAAUGAGUUUGAAUGUUAACAACGUUUUUGGAAGGCUGAGAGAAUUAGUCGUGAAAACAAUGGAUGUUACUUGUUUUUUAGUUUCUUGUUUAAUUAAUGAUUUAACUCGAAUUUGUGAAAUGUCGAAUCGGAGCGACUGGAAUCGAGUAUAUCCGAGUAUGUCCCCUCAUUGUCCGUCAAAUCGGAUAUAGUUUUAGUUAAUCAAAUGUGCGAUAUAUUAUUGAAACGAAAACGAAAGUGAAAAUGAUAAUGAAGAGAUCUGUAAAUAGGAACGACGCCGCCAUAUAAACUUUUAAGCGUAGAUACACACAUUAAUACCUAUAGGAAUAGCACCUAAGCAUUAGUUAAUUAUCAUCUAAGGAGAGUGUAAAAAAUCAAAGGACAGAGGUCGACGAGAGAAGCGUUUAAUGUGCAUGAUCUGUCCUUGGUCUGUCAUACAACAUUUCAUAUUUAUCGCAUUGCAUCUGCAUCUGCAUCAUCUUAAUUUUAUCCGCUUGCUAAAUCGGAUAGUCUAAGUCUCCAAACAUACAUAUGCCAUUCUAUAUAAUGCAUACAGCAUCUAAGCUAAGUUUCAUACUAGUAAUGACCCUAUGAACGUAACUUUUACGCUAUUAUAAUCCUUACCAAACAAUCAAAACAAUUCGCUCUAGA